ACGGGUAGUCGCCCCAACGAAUUCACACUCCCACAACCCGUACACUGAUACCAUGGAACCCGCGAAAGACACGGAGCUAAACACAACGGCCGCCGCCAUAGACGUUGGCGAAGCCGGAGACCACCGUAGCGUGGUGGUCGAGCUACCGCUCGGUGACUCCGCGGCCACAUUUAACCUCGAAAAGGUCGUCUGCAGUCACGGAUUGUUCAUGAUAGCCCCAAAUCACUGGGACCCUCUCACCAAAACCCUUCGACGCCCUUUACGCCUCGAUCCCGAUGACGAUCACGAUGUCUCUGUUUCUUCUUCAUUCCUUGUCCAAAUUUCUCACCCCUCUGACUUUCCUCACUCACUCCGUCUCCGUGUAUUCGGCACUGAUUUUCUCUCUCCUCGGCAAAAACAAGAAUUGCUGGGUCAAGUGAGGAGAAUGCUGCGAUUGUCGAAAGCGGAAGAGAUGAAUUUGAGGGACUUUUGGGAGGUUCAUGAGGAAUCAAAGGCGAGGGGUUUUGGGAGAGUCUUUAGAUCACCGACGUUGUUCGAGGACAUGGUCAAGUGUAUUCUUCUCUGCAAUUGCCAUUGGCCAAGGACUUUGAGCAUGGCUGCAGCACUCUGCGAGCUUCAGUUGGAACUGCAGUGCCCCUUCUCCAGUAUAUCAGUUGCCAAAGCUGAUAAUGGUCCUAAUUCAAGAAGUCACACUGCUAAGACUGAUCAUUUUAUUCCAAAGACACCUGCAAUAAAAGAAUUAAAGAGAAAGCUUGGAGUGCACAAAGGUUCCACAAAGUCAGCAAAAAAAUUAGCAGAUGUUAAAGUAGAGACCGAAGGAGAUGCUGAGUCUAGUAUAGAUUGUGUUGAAAUGACAGACUGCCUGCAGAAAAAAGAGAAACUAAGUCCGAGCUUCCUUUCAUCGUAUAAAGAGAACUUCCACGAGCAAUGUGACUCUCAUCAGACUUCAAGUGAAAUAUAUCAAGUUGAUUCGUCCCCUGUUUUUGAUCGUCGGUCCUCUGUAGGGACAGAACUUUACACAUACAAUAAGAUUGGAAAUUUUCCUAGCCCUAGAGAAUUAGCCAGCCUGGAUGAAAAUUUUCUGGCAAAGCGCUGCAAAAUUGGGUACCGAGCAAGUCGCAUAUUGGAGCUUGCUCAGAGCGUUGUUGAAGGCAGGAUUCAACUGAGACAACUUGAAGAAGCCUGCAGCACACCAACCUUAUCCAACUAUAAUAAGUUGUUUGAGCAGCUAAAAGGAAUUUAUGGCUUUGGUCCUUUUACAUGUGCAAAUGUGCUCAUGUGCAUGGGAUUUUACCAUGUGAUUCCAACAGAUUCUGAAACUGUUAGGCAUUUAAAACAGGUUCAUGCCAGACCAUCUACCAUUAAAACAGUUCAAGGAGAUGUUGAAGUGAUCUACAGAAAGUAUGCACCAUUUCAGUUCUUGGCGUAUUGGUCUGAGGUGUGGCUCUUUUAUGAGGAAAGGUUUGGCAAGCUGAGUGAAAUGCUUCACUGCGAUUAUAAACUUAUAACUGCCGCAAAUAUGAGACCCAAAAAAAGCGGAUAACGAUAUCCUGACAGAGCAGCAGCUUGAAUAACUAGAAAGAUACAAGUGAGAUUACUUGUGUUUUGCCAGCAUGCUAAUUUCUGUGGCACAACUUCUUCAUCGUUUCUAAGAGUAUAUGGCUCUUUGUAUGGGAUUCCAAACUAAUUUAAUAUAUUAUAUGUUCUUCAUGUUUACAUUCCAAUGCUUUGGACUUUUGAAGAUGCAGUUUAGGAGACAACUCUUUGUUUCGGUCGAAGAUCAGGAUAGGAUGGUCUCCCAUGCGGCACUUAAAGACUAGCAAGCUCUCGUGACUGUAGAACUUUCUAAAAAGCGGAAAGUGACAUAGAACUAUCUAAGUUGAAAACUAUAGCUCCAUUGUUUAGAAAUUGCCUUGUCUCCUGGGAUCAACCACUGGUUGGUUUUGAGAAUCAUUUGCUUGGUGACUAUCUAGCACUGAUACAUGUUAGAAGCUCAGUAACAACGGAAUAUUUUCACCAUUAGGCUUAUAAAUUGUAAUUCAGUUUGGUUCAUGCAAUGCCUUGGACCACCAGAGAGUUUUCUAAAACAACUAGCAGAUGAUAAUGAAGCUGCCCUUUGGUUGUGUGGUAGUGAGAAAAUGGUACUAAUUGCACUGGUUUGUUCUUGUGGGAUCUUGAGAAAGUUAGAUUGAAGUAGUUUUACUUCACUUGCAGAGAGAUUGUACUUGCGAU